AUGACUACACUGGAUACAGUAAUCGGCGGUUCCGCUCGAUCUGACGUUGUGGCUCCAACCAAAAGAGUCUCUAUUAAAACCCGCUUUCUCCCCCCCCUCCAACCCCGCCGGCAAUCUGCCGCCCCCCUUUUCAUCACGCCUCCCUCUACGCGGAAGAGAAAGGCGGCCGAGGCGGCGAUUGCGGACGACAACCAGCCUCUCCCCAAAUCCGCCACCAAGGCUGCCCACGGACGGAACGCCACUGCUUCCGAUCGGAGCACCAGGACCACCAACACCGACAACAACCGCUCCACCCUCCCUGUUACCUCACAGUCUCCUGAGUCUGGUAAUUCGGGGAAGAGUCUGGUUUGUCACAAGAAGAGGGAAAUCGCGACGCCCGCGACGACAACGGGCAGCAUGGAUUCUGACGAUGAUUUCAUGAGCGAUGUGUCAAGUGGCGAUGAUUUUCUCGACACACAAGGCAGUGAUGAUGAAAGUCUAGGAGAAGUUGACUUCGGCGAUCUCGACACCGGCUUUUCGGACGACAAAGAUCUGAUCAAGCAGAAACGGAAACCAUAUGAAGUCGAGUUUAAAGUUUUAGAUCCAGCGGAUAUCGAGCGCGAGCAGAUGGUGCAGAUUAACGAGGUUUCCGCUAUCCUUGGCCUGCCCCCAGAGUCGGCAGCUAUCCUGUUGCGGUUCGGACGAUGGAAGCAGGAGAAGUUAAUCGAGGGGUAUAUGGAACACCCAGAGGAAACAUUAGAAGAAGCUGGACUGGGAACGAACUUCGAAGGCACUGCGAAGACGGAGGUGGUCCCUGGUUUCGUGUGUGAUAUUUGUUGUGAAGAUGGGCCGGAUCUUGAGACAUAUGCGAUGCGCUGCGGGCACCGGUUUUGUGUCGACUGCUACCGACAAUACCUGGCUGGCAAGAUCAAGGAAGAAGGUGAGGCAGCUCGGAUCGAGUGUCCGGGGGAUAACUGUCACCGGAUUGUGGACUCGAAGUCGCUAGACUUGCUGGUGACAGACGACCUUAAGGACCGAUACCGUACGCUUCUUACACGGACCUACGUGGAUAAUAAGGAUAACCUGCGAUGGUGUCCAGCUCCCAACUGCGAGUAUGCGAUCGACUGUCCUGUCAAGGCUCGAGAGCUUCGUCGCAUCGUGCCGACAGUUCGCUGUUACUGCAAACAUGAGUUCUGUUUCGGCUGCACUAUCACCGACCAUCAACCCACUCCCUGCGCACUGGUCAAGAUGUGGUUGCAAAAGUGCGAGGAUGACUCUGAAACGGCCAACUGGAUUUCCGCCAACACCAAAGAGUGUCCCAAGUGUCAGUCCACGAUCGAAAAGAACGGCGGCUGCAACCACAUGACGUGCCGCAAAUGCAAGCAUGAGUUCUGCUGGAUGUGUAUGGGUCUCUGGUCUGAACAUGGCACUAGCUGGUACAACUGCAGCCGAUACGAGGAAAAGUCCGGUGCGGAAGCGCGGGGUGCUCAAGCCAAAUCACGCCAAUCUUUGGAGAGGUACUUGCAUUACUACAAUCGAUACGCCAAUCACGAGCAGUCCGCCAAGCUGGACAAGGACUUGUAUCUCAAGACAGAAAAGAAGAUGACCAGCCUGCAGUCGCAGUCGGGCCUAUCCUGGAUCGAAGUCCAGUUCCUCGACACCGCCUCACAAGCUCUGCAACAAUGUCGGCAGACCUUGAAGUGGACGUACGCCUUUGCCUUUUACCUUGCCCGGAACAAUCUUACCGAGAUCUUUGAAGACAACCAGAAGGACCUGGAAAUGGCGGUCGAGAGUCUGAGUGAGAUGUUCGAGAAGCCCGUGUCGGAGCUGGCGGAGCUGAAGGUUGAUAUUUUGGAUAAAACGGCAUACUGCAACAAGCGUCGAGUUAUCUUGUUAAGUGACACUGCCGAGAACCUUAGAAAUGGUGAGUCCCAGUUGAUGCAUUUCUUUCAUAUCAAUAUGCAUACUAACAUGACAAAGGUGAAUGGUCGUUCAAUCUCGAGUGGUAAUCCACCCCAAUCAACCUUGACGACGUGA